UCAACACCGCCUCUGUCCUGCAGAAAAGCCCUAAUCACUCCCUCUUUUUCCAAUCCCACCAAAAUUCCUCCUCUUUCGUAUCUCUAGAUCAAACGAUAUAUAGAUCCAUCCAUCAUCUAUACCCAAAUCGCUCCCUCUCCAUAAUUUUCCGUUCCAUCAUUACAGAUUUCUUCGAUUGCUCGCAGAUUUAGAUUCGUUAUUUGAGCUUAGGUGAUUUUUGUCUUUGUCUGUGUUCUUGAUGGCUUCUCUGGAUAUGACACUUGAUGAUAUGAUUAAGAGCAGACGUAAUAGUGAGAGAGGUAGGGGACGUGGCAGGCCCCGACGUGGAAGGGGGGCUGGUGGAUCAUUUAGAGGUGGAAGACCCGCUGGAGCUCCUCGUAGUGGAGGGCACCUUGGGGUGAAUGCUAGGCCAUCAGCUCACGUCAUUGCCAAGUCUUUCCGCAGAACAAAGAAUUUGCCAUGGCAGAAUGGAUUAUUUGAAGAUAGCCUUAGAGCUGCUGGGUUAUCAUCUGGAUUAGAAAGUGGGUCUAAGUUAUAUGUUUCAAACUUGGACGUUGGAGUGACUAAUGAAGAUAUAAGGGAACUCUUUUCUGAGAUUGGAGAAUUGAUAAGAUAUGCAAUUCACUAUGACAAGAAUGGGCGCCCAAGUGGUUCAGCUGAGGUGGUUUUUGCACGAAGAACUGAUGCAUUCCAAGCACUGAAAAGAUACAACAAUGUGCAGUUAGAUGGGAGGCCUAUGAAGAUUGAAAUAGUUGGCACCAAUUCACAAAUUCCUAUGUUGGCUCGUGUUAAUGUUGUUGGAGGGACUAAUGGGAGGAGGACAGUCAUUAUGAAUGCUGGACAAGGACCAGCUCGGACUAGAAGUGGUGGUGUUACUCCUGCUGCUAAUUGGGGUUCUGGCCAAAGGGGUCGGGGCACACGUGGACGUGGUGGUCGUGGCCGAGGCCGUGGUCGUGGACGCGGUGGACAGGGAAGGAAGAAACCUGUCGAGAAGUCAGCUGAUGAUCUCGACAAAGAGCUGGACAACUACCAUGCCGAAGCCAUGCAGACUUGAUAUCCAUAUCCGAUAUUAGAUAAAACCUAAUCAGACAAUUAGCUUGUAAGAGUUUGCAAAGUGACAGUAGUUCCUGUUUUUGCCAUCCAGAUUGUUGGUGUUUUUAUUGUUUUUAGUCGAUGUAUGAAUACUACUACUUUUAACAAUGUAGCUAUUGAAGGGUUAUGUUUGAUUUAAUCUUUGUUUAGCUAA